UUCUCUUUCUCUUUGCUUUUUUCUUUUUUCUGUUCUUUACUUCAAGGGGGCGUUCAACUCGUUUUCUUUUCUUUUCGUUUCGUGACAAAUGGGCUACGCUAGUUACUAGUAGUAUGGUACUUGGGGUUUUCAUAUGCUUGAUUCUUGCAAUUGCAAUUCGGGAGGGGUUUUGUCUUUUUGUUUUAUCUUUUUUGUCUUUGGUCUUGUCCUGUUGUUUUUUGUGUGUUUACUUUGCGUUCAACACAGUUGUAUAUCACAUCCAAAAGUCUUUUUUCCCCGUUUCCUUUUCCUUUUCCUUUCCUUUUCCGUUUCCUUGGUCCUUUUCCUUUUCCUUUUCCUUUUCCUUUUCCUUUUCCUUUUCCGUUUCCGUUUCCUUUUCGUCUACUACAAGUAUUGUACUGUUGUAUAUCACCUGGGUUCGGUCGGUUCGGUCAAGUUUUGGUUGUGGUUGGUUUACAGUAACAGAAUGGAGAAUGGAGAAUGGAGAAUGGAGAAUGGCAUUGGGCGGUUUGUCUGUACGAUUCUGGACAGAUACCACAGUACACCUCAUGGCUGGCUUCUUGAGGAUUUCGAGCUCUGGAGGGAAUACCUGGUUGGUCGCUGUACUGUUACGCUCAAUUGGGCUGCGUCCGGACUCGACGAAAGGCAAUGCUUGGAGAAGAAAGAAUCUAGGACGAGGCAUAUCCUGCUGUUUAAACCAUCAACAACACAUCGUUGUUGUAAGUAGCGGAAGUUCAAUCACUCAUAGCAGUCACGACAAGUGAAUCAAUAACAGAAUGAAGGGCAAUCGUUGAUUCGAUUCAUAUCCUCAUCAGCGUUGAGACUAUGAGCAUAUAUCUUACAUAUAGUAUACGUCCCUCCGCAAAACCCAUCCCACCAUCCGUCGCGGAAAAAAACAAGCCAUCC